GAAGCGCUCAGCAGGUCGCAGUGUCUCUCUGCUGGCUCUAACUUCACGCCCAGCCUCUGGUGUUCGCCUUGCAGCUGAAUCUGUCGGGAUGGAGGAGGGCGAGCAGCUGCGAUCCCUGAUGCUCCUGGUGACCUACCUGCUGCUGAAGCGCAGGAGAGACGUGAACGACGCGAGCGCGCAGAGACGCGCUGAGAUCCAGAGACGCGUCCGACACCGACAGUACUUCUUCCAGAGGCAGAGGAGGAUGCUCAUGAUGAUGAUCGCAAGUGGUAUCCACUCCAACGUCCGCAUCCGCACGCGACCUUGGACCACCACUCGGAGCACUGACUGGUGGGAGCGGGUGGUGAUGACAGAAUUCCAGCCCUCCGACUGGCUGGAUAAGUUCCGUAUGAGCCGGGACACGUUCUUCUACCUCUGUGACAAGCUGAGGCCCCGCCUGGCCCGUCAGGACACCAGCUUCCGCCUGGCGCUGCCGGUGGAGAAGCGCGUGGCCGUGGCCCUGUGGCGGCUGGCCUCCAACGUGGAGUACCGCACCAUCAGCAGCCUGUUCGGCGUCGGGAAGUCCACGGUGUGCCGGUGCGUUCGGGACAUGUGCCACGCCAUUGUGGCUCUGCUCAGCUCCAUCUACCUGCGGCUUCCCGGCGAGCAGGAGCUGGAGGACUCGGCCCAGCUCUUCCUGUCUCACUGGGGCUUCCCUCACUGUGUGGCUGCGAUAGGGAGUCUGCACACGGCCAUCAUCACCCCGUCCAACAACGCGUCCGACUACGCCAACCCCGCCGGCUGGCUCUCUGUGAUUUCCCAGGUGGCCGUCAGCGGCCGGGGACACUUCUGGGACGUGUGUGCCAGCUUCCCGGGUGGGACAGAUCCAGCAGACAUACUACAGAACUCGUCACUUUGGGCCACAGCAGCAGAGGGGGGACUGUCUCCUUCUCCUCCACCCACCUUCAUGGGAAAAUCCCUCAGGUAUGUGUUGCUGGGGGAGGCCUGCUACCCGCUCCAGAGCUGGCUGAUGAAGGCCUAUCCCGAGGAGAAGGGCCGCAGGGCCAGUCACGCCACACUGACGGAGCCGCAGCGGACGUUCAACCGACAGCUCGGCCGGGCGCUGCGCGUGUCCGAGGAGGCGCUGCUGAGGCUGAGGGCGCGCUGGCAGUGUCUGAGCAAGAGGAACGACUGCGGGCUGGACGUGGUGCCCACCAUGAUCCUGGCCUGCUGCAUUUUGCACAACGUGUGCGAGUCCCACGGGGACACCUUCAGACCGGAGUGGAAGGAGGAGGUGUCGGAGGCCGAGAGCCCCCAGCCCAGCCACAAGCAGCUCCUCUCCACCGGCAUGGACCAGAGCAAUGCAGAGGAGAUCAGACACCUCUUCUGUGACUAUUUCCAGCACAACAGCUGAUCAAGUUCGAAAUUCACUCUAUUUCGUGCCUUUUAUUCUCCACCACAUACAUGGAAGACGUCUAGAACGGACUUAAAAUGUUCAUUUUUAUUGGUUAUAAUGUGUCUGAAUAAAGCAUAGGAGUCCUUCAAUUAUCAACACAAAUUCCAAAGAUCCAACAUGAGCAGCAGCUUUUUUUCAAGUGUUUUCAGAAGAAGAAAUUGGGGAAAUUAGACACCGAAUAGGGUAACUUCAUUCAAUUAGGACAAUGUUAAGCACUAUGGAGUUACAUUGAAAUGAUUUUUUUGGUUUGUUUUUUUUUUGUUUUUUG